AUGCAUCCUCCCCCUUUACUCAACAACCCUUCUGAUUUCCUCGACAACUAUGAGGAAUUCACAGACCAGAUCAAAUUCAUCCUCUCAGUGCAUGCCACACGCCUCAGGAAGGUCGCUCUCCCACUCGAUCUCGACACAUCAAAGCUCGAGGAAUAUUUUGAGACCUCAAAUUUUGCAUUUCCCGAUCUGAAGAGCGUGGAAUUCUUCGAACCCACAUCCUACGACCUACUUUCCCUGCGACAAGAGUGGUUUGAAGAAGUAAUCAUCACCCGAUUCGAGAACGCCAUCAUCAAGGGGCUCGAAUUCCUCCUCGAGGGCUCGCCGCGGCUCGGUCACGCUUGGAGUAUAUCGCAAUGCCGCAGACUCCCAGCGGCCAAGCAACGAGAUGUAAUCCGAAUAAAUGACCUCCUCGUAACCGUGCUUUUAUCCUCUGGAACGCGAUGGUCCAAGGAAAGCACAGAACCUGUUGACCAGCCGAUAUCUAUAUCCCUUUCCAUCUUCUACGACAUCUCGCAGGCUGCUCAGACUGACGACCUAUCCCAUUCUCUUAACUAUGCCGAGGUCGCAAAGGCAAUUCGGGGGGCAACAACCUCGAAAACUUUCAGAAACAUUCAAGAUAUCUCAAGACGCGUAUCAGACAUUGUUUUCCAGCUUCUGACUUCGCGGGGGGCGUCGGAGAUUCACGUUCGCAUCGUGCAACUGAAGGGUGCUCUCCAUUGCAAAUCCAUUGCAGUCGAACAUCUCGCGAGCCUAAGCGAAGACGGCAAUUGGAGACCCAAGAACAUCGCACAUCACAUCGAAGGCCUUACCUUUCCCGUCAUCGUCGGAGUGAAUGCUGCUGAACGCUUGGAGAAGCAAGAUCUUGUGGUCAAUAUGUCGAUUGCCACCGGGACGCAGGGGUUGUCUCCGGAUGAUUGGAUAGAAAUGCGAUCUGUCACUAGCCAGGUAUACGAGGCAAUUUCAAGCACAAGUUUUCUCACCUUGGAAGCUCUAACGUCGUUCAUCGCGUCAAGGAUAUUGUCAAUGAUGCUCUCUUAUCAGACUUCGCCUGUCAUCUCUGUUCGUGCAGCCAAACCGUCAGCUUUGGUCUUCGCCGAAUCUGCCGAGGUUCAAAUUGUUCGCACAUUCGACGACUAUCCAGAGCUAUCUAACCAGGAUCACGAUAAGAAGACAAACUUGUCUUCAUCUAAGACGUCCCAAAGCCCUCGACAUGCUGUUGCAAUAGCUCUUGGAUCGAACCUUGGUGAUUCAUUCCGUAAUAUCGAGUUCGCUCUUCGUCUUCUCGAGUCACCUCACGAUAUCUUGGUUGAUGACGAUGGAUUCAUCGGUGCUGAAAUCGACAUAAUCGACACUUCUUUCUUGUACGAGACGGCACCCAUGUAUGUGACAGAUCAACCGUCCUUUAUCAAUUGUGCCUGCAUGGUCGAGACCAGUAUCCCGCCGAGAACGUUGCUGGCAUUGUUGAAAGCAAUAGAAUCCAAAGUCGGCCGUGUACCAUCCACCCGCAAUGGUCCUCGGGCAGUUGAUCUAGAUAUCAUCUUCUACGAUUCAGAAGUCAUCGACACUAGAAGCGUCAAGGAAAACCUCGAUAAUCUAGAUGGAGAACUCGUUGUGCCACAUCCUCGUGUUCAGGAACGAGAGUUCGUCCUGAGACCUCUCAAUGAUAUGAUCGCGGAUUAUGUACACCCGGUGCUCAAGAAAUCUGUCCAAACCUUGUUCAACGAAAUUUACGAUCCAAUAGCACCUCCAAUGAACAAAAUUAUUCCCUUUCCUCGAACUCCCAUUUUCUCUGCCCCUCCAACAUCAUCGAUCGAUCCUGUUCCGGACACUCUUACGCAUUGGUUGUUCCCUUCAGCAAACACACCAAGCUCGAUAGGUCGCAAGGCCAGCCCCGGCAAAAUACACAUGAUGGCCACACUCAACGUCACCCCUGACUCGUUUUCUGAUGGUUCCACGCACAAUGUCCUACCCGCUGCGCUGGCCUACGUGAAGUCCUCGAUAGCUGCGGGUGCCACGAUCAUCGACAUCGGCGGGUACUCGACACGCCCUGGAGCAGCAUUUGUUCCUGUAGACGAAGAGAUCGCUCGUGUUGUACCUGCUAUAGAGGCCAUCCGCGACCGAAAAGUUCUCUCAGAGUCCACCACGCAAGAAGGCAGGACAGAGGAGGAGCUUCUUCGGCGUGUAGUGGACACUCCGAUCAGCGUGGAUACGUUCCGCUGGGAGGUAGCGGAGGCUGCUAUCAAAGCAGGUGCAAACUGCAUUAACGACGUGUGCGCCUUCUCUGGGCCCGACUCGUGGCCGCCUGCCCCCGCUGGAAUACCCGAGGGUGAUCGAGCGGCCGAGUACAUGACCAAGCUAAAAGCCAUCACAAGGAAGCACGCCGUCCCCGUCGUCUUGAUGCACUCGAGAGGUGACGCAGGGAAGAACAAGGACUACAGCUCAUAUGAUUAUGCGAUUGGAGGCUCGGUUCUUGAAGGGGUGCGUAUCGAGCUUGGUGCAAAGGUGGAUAGGAUCGUCAAAGGCAAGGGCGGGGUAAGGAGGUGGUUUGUCAUUGUCGAUCCGGGCAUUGGCUUUAGCAAAACGCUGGAGGGCAACUUGGAAGUGCUUAGGUCCGCGAAGGAUAUCGUUGCGAACCGCCUUAUUGGUGAUGUCAUCCGAGCUCCGUUGUACCGAAAUCCUCUACGAGGAUACCCUCAACUCAUAGGGGCAUCGAGAAAGACGUUUCUCGGAGUAAUCCUUGCUCAAGGUCCGGAUGGACGAGAAACAAAACCCAAGGAACGUACAUGGGCGACUGCAGCUGCCGUCACCUGUGCUGUUCAGCAAGAUGCCUUGGUCGUGCGGGUACAUGACGUCAAGGCGAUGGCAGACGUCGUUCGGGUUGCCCAUGCUUUGUGGUCAUAA